ACUGAAGUGAGAGUGCCUCUCUCGUGUUCUUAUCUUUUGGACACAAACGUCUGGAAUCUAGUCUCUCCACGCUCCAGGAACGCUCCCUCCGAGAACCUAGAAGAGAAGACAACGAUCGCAACGCCCGGCGGUGCCUUCGAUUGCUUUAGCCUGGUGGUCGAGGUGAGCGCGGCUCGGAUUGGUUUUGUCUGGCUGCGGGCGCGGUGCACUCUGGGACGCGGCACUGGCGGGAGGCGCAGGCCGGUGGCCGAGGCGAGGGGACUCGGCAGCGGCAGGAUGGUGAAGCUGACGGCGGAGCUGAUCGAGCAGGCGGCGCAGUACACCAAUGCCGUGCGGGACCGCGAGCUGGACCUUCGCGGAUAUAAAAUUCCUGUCAUUGAAAAUCUAGGUGCUACCUUAGACCAGUUUGAUGCUAUUGAUUUUUCUGACAAUGAGAUCAGGAAACUGGAUGGUUUUCCUUUAUUGAGAAGACUGAAAACAUUAUUAGUGAACAACAACAGAAUUUGCCGUAUAGGAGAGGGGCUUGAUCAGGCUCUUCCUUGUCUGACAGAACUCAUCCUCACCAACAACAGUCUAGUGGAACUGGGUGAUCUGGACCCUUUGGCGUCUCUCAAAUCACUGACGUAUCUAAGCAUCCUAAGAAAUCCUGUAACAAAUAAGAAGCAUUACCGACUUUAUGUGAUCUACAAAGUUCCACAAGUCAGAGUGCUGGACUUUCAGAAAGUGAAACUCAAACUCUUGAAAGUAAGAGAAGCAGCCUGCACUAGUCAGAGUGUAACGUUUAUAUUCUCCCUCCCAAGUUUUAAUCCAGGUGCUGGUUUGCCAACUGACAAAAAGAAAGGUGGGCCAUCUGCAGGGGAUGUAGAAGCAAUCAAGAAUGCCAUAGCAAAUGCAUCGACGCUGGCUGAGGUUGAGAGGCUGAAGGGCUUGCUGCAGUCCGGCCAGAUACCUGGCAGAGAGCGCAGAGCAGGGCCAAGUGAUGAUGGAGAAGAAGAGAUGGAAGAAGACACAGUCACAAAUGGGUCCUGAGCUCUGGCAGGUGUCUGAUGGACUGUCUAGGGACAAGUCUUGGUUUCUGAGUAUGGAAUAACAGCCUUGCUUGUAUCAGCAACAUGGAAUCUGUCAGCAUUGCUGAAUGUUCAGAACUAUUGCUGAUAGUUUUUUAAUAAGAACCUUAGAAUCUAAAUUCCACUUUUAUACAAAUAGUAAAAUAAAGGCCACUUUCUUGCUGCCAAA